AAAUCCUAACUGGAGGGUCUAAAACAUACGACUACGACAUCGAGGAGGGAGAUCCGCAUGAAGAGGACCUACAAUGGCUGAAGGAGAACCUGGCGGUGGACGACAAACUGGCGGAGCAAGGAAGGGCUUCGUUGGCGAAGAUUUUGGGAGUAGAGGAAGGUCCUACCAUCUUCAAGCACGAGAGAAAAGCAGGUGACGAAGAACUCCUUAAGGUGAGAGUGGUGGCGAUAGGGCCGUACCACCGAAACUCCUCCAGUUCUCCGAUGAAAUUCGGCGAUGAUUAUAAGUGGAAGAUCACCAGGUUUAUGGUCAAUAAACUGGGGGUCGACAUGAAGAAGUACCUGAACGAGAUGGAGGAGAAAGGACGGGAUGCUCGUCGCUGCUACAGCGAAGGCUUGUCGGAAUGGAGCAGCAGAGAAUUCCGAACGAUGUUGCUGCUCGACAGCUCUUUCAUUCUAUUCGUGAUGGACGCAUCCCGCUAUAGCCUGCUGGACUUGGGAACCAGGUUCAUGGACUCGGUGGAUUUGCAACUGGACAGAAGUACGUUCAUGGAGUAUAUGGCGUUGUCUCUAGACGUAAGGGAACACUUGAAGCAGAUCAAGCUCGACUUGCUGACGGUCGACAACCAGAUUCCUUUCUCCGCCAUCCAGACAUUGCUGAAUUGCUUCGGUGAGGAGGGGAACAAACCCUCGAUUGAGGACCUGGCGUUGUCGUGCUUCGACGAUCUGUGGCCGACGAGGAACGAAGAGCAGAAGAUAGACACCGACAUGCCUCCGUUCCAUCAUCUGCUCCACCUUUUCCACUGGUCUCGGAUACCGGCCGAGGGGUACGAAAUGAACAGCAGGUUGCUGAGUAACAAGAACGCUUCGCAACAGUAUAUUCCUAGCGCUACGGAGCUUCAAAAAUCGGCUACAAAGUUCAAGAAGAGCUACUCGGGCAGUUGCCUGGGCAUUACAUUCAAACGCAGACUGACGGGCCUCUUCGGGGUGAUCAAAAUCCCGGUCCUGCACCUCUAUGACUACAGCAAAUCAACCUUCCGCAACCUUAUCGCGUUCGAGGCGAAUCCCACGAACGACGUGCUCUGCUUCACGGCGUACUCGGCGUGCAUGUCCUGCAUUCUGCAGCGCAAGGAGGACGUGAAGCUGCUCAUGGAGAGGGGGAUACUGGCGAGCACCAACUAUAAGGACACCGAGGUGAUCGAAUUCUUCAAGGACUUGAGCAGGAAGGUCGAAGACAGCAUAAUGCCCGACACGCUAAUUGAACUUUACAAUGAGGUGAACAGCCAUCACAAUAACAAAAUCAGCAAAUGGUUUGGAAACUUCAGGCUGCACUACUUCCCCAACCCCUGGAUCACUCUGUCGCUAAUCGGCGCCCUCGUUCUUUUCGCCCUGUCAUUUUUUCAGACCAUAUAUGGCAUGCUCAGCUACUACCACCCUCCAGAAUGAUUAAGAAAAAUAUGAAAGAACCUGUUGGAAGAUCUCUCCCUUGCCCCCAAAAACAUAACCACCACCAUAUGUAUAUUAUAAAGAAAAAAAAAAAAAAAAAAACAGAGGAAAAAACACUCAGAUUU